AUGCGCUGGGCGUGGCUCCGAGGCGAAGGAAUGGACGCCUGCAAGCCUGCAAUCCGUGCCGGCGGAGGAAAGUCGCCUGUGACCACACCCUGCCCGUCUAAUGACGCCACGCCGUCGAAUACCCGAGGCUCAAUAGCCUCGCUCAGCGGCGCUGCCGGCCCGGCCCAUCAGCCCGGGCCAGUCUUGAUGAGUCCACAGGUCGACUCAUCCGAAACGAUAUCAGUCGUUGAGACGCCGGAUCGGCCCAAUGCUCGAACGAGUGCUUUGCCCGGCUAUCUCGGAGCCACAAGCUUCUCAGCUGUCUUUCAAGAGACUCAGGAUCAUCUGCUGGGUCCUAACAGUGUCCCUUCCACAGAACCUACAACUGUUCAAAAUACCCCGGGAGCGACUGAUACUAUCCCGACAGCUACGAACCUGGACAAGAAAUCACUGGACAUGGCAAUCAAUCUCUUGACUCUAAUACCAGAUGAGCCAGUGGCUCUCGAAUACUUCUACGGUCAUAUCAACCCGAAUGAUGGAUGGUCCCGUCUCGCAGGAGAGCGGGUUCUACUAUCACUGUUUGACACGUUCAGGGACACCCUUAAAGCUAAAACCCCGUCCCAGUUGCAGAGGAUGGCAGAAGUCCUAGCCGAGAACUCCUCCCGGGAGUUCCAAGAGAGUCAAGUUGACCCUGAUGAGUGGAUAGCCUCCUUUUCCGGGCCAAAUCUACGAUGGGAAUCACUUGGCAUUCUUUUUACGUACUGGUCGUAUGGCACCUUCGUAGUCACAGACCGCGGUCGUACUCUCUUUGUAGGACACUCCAGAAAGCUCAUGGCGCUUUACAAAAAGUGUGCAAUGGACUGCGUAUCACUAGGAAGUCGAGCCGGCCAAUGCAACUCCUUGAUCAUAUAUACUAUGUUCAAGUCAACCAUCAUCGAAUCAAACGUCUCCGGCGAUGCUAGCUUUACCACGUGGAGAGAACAUGGUGAUAUGAUUGCUGCCACGACAUAUCUCGGCUUACACGUAGCCACAAGUUGUCCCAAACCUGACGACUCAGUGGCUGCCCAUGUAUGGAGACGGCUAGCAGCCGUUGUGUACAACAUCGACAAAGUUGUGAGUGUGUUUACAGGCAGGCCACCGCUGCUCAGCAGACGCUAUUUCUCCACUCCACUGCCCCUCGACCUUUCAGACGAGGACCUGCUUUCUCCACCAAGUGUCCUCCAGGCGAGAAUCAAGGAACUGGAUUCGGACGGAUGGAAUCGGCAUAACCACACGCUUGGAUCCUCUACAAUUCUACGAGCUAGAGCCAAGAUGGCUCUGGUCAAAGACAGUAUUUUGGAAAUGGUUCUCGGUAAUGGCAUUCGGGACGCCGAACAGCUCCACCGGCUGCGACAAGAGCAAUUGUCACUCUUUGCAAAUUUUCCACCGAAGCUACAUUACUCUUCCGAUGACCUUUGCCAUCCGGAGUUUGAUGUCGGGAAGGUCUAUGCCACCUUGCUUGUCAGAUUGGAGCAUCUCCAGAACCUGUUCUUUCUCGAAAGACUCAUAUCAGAAGGGACUGAGGGUCCUACAAACGAUCUCGUUGACGUUAGCUUCGAGAUGGUGUCAUUGACAGUGCUUUUCUGGACACAUUCAGACAAGUUUCACUGUUUAAAAGGCGACUUUGAAUGGAUGGUCGUGUCCUUCGCUACGCCCGCAGCAGGUAUUUUAUGUCUUAGCCUGCUGAGACCACGAGCUGGCGACCCUGGAGCUCAACCGGCCUCGUUUCCAAGUAGGUCGGAGAUCAUACAACAACUGAGCCUCUUGAUCGGGUUUCUCGAUUGGGUCGGUCCAACUCAGCCCAACAAUGAUCUGUGUGCUAGGGUGAAAGAAGUCAUUAAGCGGGUACUGGACCACACGCUCAACGCUCCCGGCGUCCAAAUGACGACCAGCGAGGUAGCGGAGAUGGACUGGGGAAUACCAAACGACAUGAACGAUAUAUUCAAUUUCGAGCUGCUAGACACCUUUGACUGGCUGAGGCAGGACACCCUAUAG